AUGACUCAUGCGUUUAAAAACUGUUCAAACCUACUGGGCACCGGAGCCAGUCGAGGCCUCGGGCUGCAGAUAGUUGAGAGUCUGGUAACGGGAGGCUUCUCUCCCGGGAAGAUUAUCGCUACUGCUCGCAAUCCAGAUGGAGCCACGGUAAUGCUGAAUUGCAAAUGUUGGCAGAAGAACAUCAAAACACACAUUAUUAAACUGGGUGUUACAUGUCAGCAGAGUAUAGAGAGAGCUGCAUCUGAGGUGGAACAGCUUGUUCAAGAGGAAGGACUGAACUGUCUCAUCAACAAUGCUGGAAUUAAUGUAGUUACCAACCUUGAGACAGUCACCGCAGACAAGAUGUUGGAAAACGUCCAUACCAACUCUGUUGCCCCGUUGAUGAUCACCAAGGCCAUGCUCCCACUGCUGAAGCGAGCAGCUGCAAAGGGCACAGGGAAGGGGAUGGGCAUUCACAGAGCAGCAGUCAUUAAUAUGACGUCUCUACUGGGUUCAAUUGAGCUGUACUGAAGUGAUCGUGCCAACACCUUCAA